AUCUGGUUGGCAACAAAUCUCGAAACCGCUCUACUCAACUUUUCUGUUUUCGUUUCUUCCCAUUUUUGCCGGUUUUGAUUUUAAUUUCAUUGCAUUGAAUUGGAUAGAAAACAAUUAAAGGUGACCAAUAGCGAUGAAUGUCAUUGUAACUGGUGCAUCAGGUCUUCUAGGACGUGCUGUUGUUACUGAAUUUAAAAGAAAUUCAUGGAAAGUCUUGGGACUUGCUCGAACUAGAGUGAGAGAUGAUUUAGUACAAAUCGAUCUUACUGAUAUUGAUGCCGUUUCUGGCAUUGUUAGAGAAUUCAAGCCACAUGCUAUAAUCCAUUGUGCUGCUGAGAAAUCGCCUGACAAAAUUCAAAUGGAUCCAGAUUCCUAUUAUCCAUUAAAUGUUACAGUUCCAGGAGAGCUUGCUAAGCUGGCCGCUGAAGUGAAGGCUGUUUAUGUGUUUAUAAGUACUGAUUAUGUAUUUGGUGGUGACAACCCCCCAUAUGCUGAAGAUCGGAGUCCUGAUCCUUUGAAUAUAUAUGGAAUUUUUAAGGUUGAAGCUGAACGAAUUAUUACUGAGAUCAAUCCAGGUAGUUGUAUUUUACGUAUCCCUGUGAUAUAUGGAGGUGAAGAGAAUGUUGAAGAAAGUGCUAUAUCCUCUCUUAUAAAUGCUAUAAGAUCAAAUGGUGUGAAGGAAGUAUCUAAUUAUGAAAUAAGAUUUCCGUCGCAUACUACUGACAUCGCAUCUAUCAUCUAUCAGUUAGUGCAGAGAAAGCUUCAUGGUCCAUUAUUAGAACACAUAAUUUAUCAUUGGUGCGGCGCUGAAGCAUUAACGAAAUAUCAAAUGGCAAAGAUGAUUGCCGAAAAUUUUGGUCAGCGUCAUGAUAAUAUUAUUCCUUUUAAUUUCGCAAGUCCUGGUGUUCCAAGACCAAAGAACGCCCAUCUAAGUUGUGAAAGACUGGAAAACCUUGGUAUCCGGCGCCAUACAAGAUUUGAAGAAGGCAUUCAAGAAUUUAGAAAGUUUUUUCAAUAAAACGUCAGCACUACUUACGUUUUUCUAUGUGACUAAAUUAAAAGUUUGAGCUGUAUUCAUUUUAUAAAUGAUUGUGCUAUCUGCUCAGUUUGAUAUUCUUGUCAUUAACAAUUUUUUAUAUUCAAUGUUGUGAACAUCAUUCCAGUAUUUUAUAUAUGAUAUUGACUGUAAAUAAAUAAAAUUUUACUGUUUGUUUUUUA